GGUGUUGUUGUUGUUGUCGUUAUUGUUGUAAUCGCUCAAUAGGUGGCCGAGAGGGGAAAGCCAAGAAAUACGAGAUACUUCACUCUGCCCUUGCUGCAUCAUCAAUGGCACGCCAACGAGCUGCCCGUUUGUGGGCAUGUCUUGCCCUAGUGGCCUCGCUUUGCGGAAACGCAUUGGCCGUAGGCCCGUCCUAUGAUGUUGCCUACUGCGCCACCGUCAACACGGCUGACCCUGGCAUGGACGCAAAUGAGAGCGACUACCAGUCCAUGGGUUUGUGCUACGGAACCUGUUCUAGUGCCGAGGAGAAGUACGCCUUUGCUGUGGUCUGGCAAAAAAGCUGUUGGUGCACCAACGUUGUGCCGAACUCAGCCAACACCGUAUCGUCCGAACAAUGCUCAAAUCCUUGUCCCGGAUAUCCUUCAGAUUGGUGUGGAGGCGAUUCCCUCUACGGAUAUCUCAAGAUCACGGGCAUCAAGCCGUCCAGCACGGCGGCGGCGGCGUCGUCAACGUCAACCGGCACCACCACCCAGCAAGCCACCAAGACGACCGCAUCCUCAACUAAGCCCACGACUCAACCCACGACUACAGCUGUGGUGAUCAUCAAGACUGAGACUGAGCAGACUGCUGCCAUCAAAACUGUCCAGAGCACUGUUCGAGAAACAGUGACUGUGAUACCCUCGCUGAAGUCUUCGGUGGCUUCCUCAACUGUGGUUUCUUAUCCCACCACCCUUGUUACCUCUGCGACACAAACUACCGAUGAUCCCGUUACAACAGAUCCGAUGCAGCCAAGCACCCAAACCGUUACCGUUGGCGGAAAAGUACAAACCGUGAUCAUCACACCAACCCCAACAGCCACCAGCGCAGGUCAGCUCGCCGAACCGGAAGCCAAUGGAAAGAAGAAGGCAAUCAGCACGGGUGCAGCAGUCGGAAUCGCCAUCGGCGUCGUCGCUGCUCUGGGAAUUAUUGGCGUAUUGCUCUGGAUCUGGUUCAUGAAGCGCAGGAAACAGAACGAAGAGAGCGGUUCUUCAUUCGGAUCGCCACGCGGAAGCUCUUCGGGAUCAAAGAGCGCCACAGUCACCGAAACUCGUUUUGCACCCGAGCUGGUAGCAUGGGGGGAUGGGCCGGCCUCCAAGAGGAGGAGCACGCUGAUGCCAGUCGACCCACGCUUGAAUCCAUACGGCAGCGCUCUAUACAACGGCCAAAACAAGAGCCGCGAGAGUAUUACAUCAUUUCAGGACAACCAGGACUACUCGAGACGAGUUGUCGGUCAGCCGCGGGUACUGAGAGCCGUAAACCCGGAUCCAAUUGCCGAGGAUUGAGAAUCAAGCGGACGGUUUCGAUAAUUACUCACGACGCACACGAACGUUUCCUCGCGAUUACAUCAUUAUCCCCCUCAUCAUCAUCCCAUCACUUUCAUCAACUGUCUUCUGCAUUUGCAUUGAGAUACCACGGUGUUUAUUUUUGCGUUUCAUCUUUUCCGAAACUGGGUGGUAGGCGGGCUUGGUUUGCUUUUGGGGGCCGGACAGGGGGGAACUAAAAGAGAGGGAAGAGGGAUGCUGCUGCUUUUGUCAGAAUAUUUUGCGUUUCUCGAGGGUUUUCCGGCGCUUUUUUUAUCCAUGUUAAACCACACUUGCAUGCGCACAUACAAACAGACGACCAACGCUGCUUAUCUACCUGCCUUAAUUUUCUUGUACUUUUUUCCAUAACAAUUUUGGGUUGCUGUUGCGUGUCUUUGAUCGAGGUUCCUGCACCAGACGAUUCGCCGCGCACCUCGAAGCUGUUCCACCCGUCGACAUCGAUCACUUGGCUUCGACGGAACGGAUUCCAACGCUGACCCAACUCGCUUACACAACGGUUUACCUCAGCUCGGCAAUUCGAGACUACGAAAAUCUCUUUACGUCACCCCGAAUUCAAUAUUUCACGACUUUCUUCUUUUGGACAAGACGGAAGCACGACCGAACCUUACUUGGAAACAACAAUGGCUGAACCAUAACCUUGCGUGCGCUUGGAUCAGAGUUACGGAAGCGCGGCUUAUGCGGCGGUUAUGGGAUUGAAGCUGUAUGUGUGGGAGAUUAUAGCAAAGCCAGGGUAUAUGGGCUACAGGUUCCCCAAAUUUCUGCCCACGGCUAGAGUUGGAAACCGAAUACCUAUCUGAAUUGAAACCAACAAUGGUUUUUGUCUGCCAUUGAUAGACGGGCCUUUGUGUAAAAGCAUCAUGUAUCCAAUUGACGGGGUGUCAAGGUGUCG